UUCGAUCUAUGUAUUCGGUAUUUUAUUAUUGAUAUUUGAUAUAUACAAAUAUGCAUAUAAAUAUGUCUAAAUAUCAUCUAUUGUUUUUAAGAUUAGAUAAACAACUCACUCGGUAAUUAUCGAAUAAUCGUAGUGGCUACUGUACACAACAAUAUUCAACAAACUGUCAACAUGGCGGAAAACGAGUUACUUGUUACAAUUUCUGGGGCCGCACUUUCAUUGUUAUUUUAUGAAAACCUUCGAGAAUAUGGAGAACAAAUGGGAUUUUUUUUAGGAAAUGUCCAUACAUUUGUCACAAAAAAAGUUACUGAUGCAGAUAGACAAGUUGAAUCUAUCAAGAUUCAUACUGAUAUUCAAGGGAUUUUACCAUGCAUGUCAAGUGAUUUGAUAUAUGGUCCUACUGGUCGAUUAAAUAAAAACAAACUUGAAGAGUAUGUUAAGAACAAUAAAAAUCAAAUUGUGGGAUGGUAUCGAUUUAGGGUAAACGGUCCUCUGCAGCAUACAUUGCGAGAUAAAUUGUUACACAAACAAUUGGAAAAAUUUUUCUGUAGUUCUAACAAUGAGUCAUCGGAACGGCAUUUUAUCAGCUGUAUAUUAAGUUAUUCUACAUCACAAAAUAAAGGAAUUCACAGAUUUCGACAUGUGUUUUUAAGAUAUAAGCAUGGACUCUAUCCUCCAAUACCUUUGAAAAUAAAUAAUUUAGGAGUGGAUGCAUCUAGACAUGAUGGGUCAGAUUAUAAACCAACGCCGAUAAAGUCUUUAAUUAAUGAAACUGAUUUUUUCACGAAAAUUUUUGAAACAUUAAAUAUUGACAUUAAUCGAGCAUCAGUAAUGGACACUGUUCCUACAAUAUUGAAAGCCGCAGAACAGCAUUUAGAUGAUCUAGUAACAAAUGUUGCUAUAGAAGAUAGUGAAAUUGCCGAUCUUGAACAGGAAGCUCUUAAACUGAAGGAAGAAGUUGAAACCAAUCGAAAAAAAAUAUCAGGACUUCCAAAGGAAGAUAAAUUUUCUUCGCGAAAACUACAGCUUGACAACUUUAAAAAACAAGAUAUAGAAUAUAUCGAUGAUGUAGAUUUGAAUGAUAAAUCGCAGAAAAGAAUGGAUAGACUUUCCAUAGAUUCACGUAAAAGAAAUUCUCCAUCUGUUCAGAUUAGUAAUGCUUGUAAUAACUCUGGGAGUAUGCAAAAAUCUCCGUCCACUAAGCUUCUGAGUAGUCAGGAAACAAAAAAGCAACCUGAUAAUACAGAUUAUUGCUAGUUAAUCAUUUAUUCUACUAAAGCUAUAUAUUUUUUACUAUUAUUAUUUUUCUCACUUCAUUACUAAAAAAUAAUUCCUGGAAAAAAGUUUAUCCAAAGAAAAGUCUUAAACAGACGUAUCAAGUCAUUGUAAAUAUUUUCUAUGUUAGAGUAUAAACAUAAAUGGUAUAAAAAAAAUAUAUAAAAAACUAACUCAAUUUUAAUUCAACAUUAAUUAUAUCUAACUGACUU